CACAAAAUACAGUGAUAAAGACAACGGUGGCAUGUUGGUCUGGUCUCCAUAUCACACAAUAGUUGACUCUAAAUUGGAUGAGUACAUUGCGAUUGCGAAAGAAAAGCAUGGCUAUAAUGUUGAGCAGGCUCUCGGCAUGCUCUUCUGGCAUAAACACAGCAUCGAGAAGUCCCUUGCUGAUCUGCCGAACUUCACGCCCUUUCCUGAUGAGUGGACGGUGGAGGACAGGGUGUUGUUUGAGCAAGCGUUCAGUUUUCACGGGAAGAGCUUCCAUCGGAUCCAGCAGAUGUUGCCAGACAAAUCCAUAUCCAGUCUUGUGAAGUACUACUAUUCGUGGAAGAAAACGCGGUCCCGAACGAGCCUGAUGGACCGACAAACACGAAAGCUGGCAAACCGGAGUAAUCCAGAUGAAAGUGAGGAAGAGAUGGAAGACGCCAUCCCUGUUGAGGCCAACGACAGCGACUAUGACCCUACGAAAGAGACCAAGAAGGAGAGUCCUGCAGAGCCUCCGAUGCUGAGCUCCAGAAUUGCUCUGGGACGGAGAGAGCACCACACGCUGCAGCACCGUCACCACAGCCAGCGCUCCAGGUGCCGCCCUCCCAAAGGCAUGUACCUCACACAGGAGGACGUGGUGGCCGUGUCCAGUUGCUCCAGUGCUGCUAACUCUGUCCUGCAUCAGCUGCACAUGGUGCUGGUGUCCCUGAAGCAACAGGUUCAGAAUGCCAAGCAGUUAAACAGUGGACUUCAACAGAAGAUUGAAGAUGGAAUUGAUGACUUCAGACUGUCUGAGUGCACUCAAAAAAUGAAUGCCCGCUGGACAACAGAUGAGCAGCUUUUGGCAGUACAAGGAGUACGGAAAUACGGGAAGGACUUCCAGGCUGUUGCUGAUAUGAUCGGGAAUAAAACGGUGGGGCAGGUGAAGAAUUUCUUUGUGAACUAUCGGCGACGCUUUAACUUGGACGAGGUGCUUCAGGAAUGGGAGGCGGAGCAGGGAACCCCCAGCGGAGACUGUGCCAGCUCUGGGGAGGAUGGGAAGAACAGCAACAGCUCCUCAGAAAAGAGCACAGAUGAGGAAGAGGAAGAGGUGACCCCAGCCUCGGGUCCGUCUCCUGUAGCCACAGCAGCCAGCAGCUCCACCUCUCUGAACCAGCCUCCACCUCUUCUGCGCCCAUCUCUUCCUGCCACUCCAGCACUACACCGUCAGCCUCCGCCUCUGCAGCAGCAGGUCUGCUUCCUUCAGCCCCGCCCUGCCCUGAACCAGCCUCCGCCGCUCAUCCGGCCCUCCACCCCCCUCCCUCCGCGCCUCAACCCCCGCCCCACAGCCCAUGUACCCGCACCGGGCCCACAGCCGCCCUCUCUGCUGGGCAUCCUGUCCGGCACGCCCUCCUCCGCUCUACACUGA